AUGGCUGUCUCUAAGGUUUAUGCUAGAUCCGUCUACGACUCUCGUGGUAACCCAACUGUCGAAGUUGAAUUAACUACUGAAAACGGUGUUUUCAGAUCCAUCGUCCCAUCUGGUGCUUCCACUGGUAUCCACGAAGCUCUUGAAAUGAGAGAUGAAGACAAAUCCAAAUGGUUAGGUAAGGGUGUUAUGAACGCUGUUAACAACGUUAACAACGUUAUUGCUGACGCUUUCGUUAAGGCUAACCUUGACGUCAAAGACCAAAAGGCUGUCGAUGACUUCUUAAACAACUUAGAUGGUACUGCCAACAAAUCCAAGUUAGGUGCUAACGCUAUCUUAGGUGUUUCCUUAGCUGUUGCCAGAGCUGCUGCUGCUGAAAAGAACGUUCCAUUAUACGUUCACUUAGCCCAAUUAGCUGGUGCCAAGGACAACUUCAUCUUACCAGUUCCAUUCUUAAACGUCUUAAACGGUGGUUCCCACGCUGGUGGUGCUUUAGCCAUCCAAGAAUUCAUGAUUGCUCCAACUGGUGCUAAGACCUUCGCUGAAGCCAUGAGAAUUGGUUCCGAAGUUUACCACAACUUAAAGUCUUUAACCAAGAAGAGAUACGGUGCUUCCGCUGGUAACGUCGGUGAUGAAGGUGGUGUUGCUCCAAACAUUCAAACUGCUGAAGAAGCUUUAGACUUAAUCGUCGAUGCUAUCAAGGCUGCUGGUCACGAAGGUAAGGUCAAGAUCGGUUUAGACUGUGCUUCCUCUGAAUUCUUCAAGGACGGUAAGUACGAUUUAGACUUCAAGAACCCAGAAUCUGACCCAUCCAAGUGGUUAUCUGGUGAAGAAUUAGCCGCUUACUACAAGACCUUAAUGGCUAAGUACCCAAUUGUUUCCAUCGAAGAUCCAUUCGCUGAAGAUGACUGGGAAUCCUGGUCCAACUUCUACAAGCAAGCUGAUGUCCAAUUAGUUGCCGAUGACUUAACUGUCACCAACCCAGCUAGAAUCGCCACUGCUAUUGAAAAGAAGGCUGCUAACGCUUUAUUAUUAAAGGUUAACCAAAUCGGUACUUUAUCCGAAUCCAUCAAGGCUGCUCAAGACUCUUUCGCUGCCGGCUGGGGUGUUAUGGUUUCCCACAGAUCUGGUGAAACCGAAGAUGUCUUCAUUGCUGACUUAGUCGUUGGUUUAAGAACUGGUGAAAUCAAGACUGGUGCUCCAGCCAGAUCUGAAAGAUUAGCCAAAUUAAACCAAUUAUUAAGAAUUGAAGAAGAAUUAGGUGACAAGGCUGUCUACGCUGGUGACAACUUCAGACACGGUGACAAGAUCUAA